AUGGACGCUUUAACCGACGACCCUCUGGCCAACCUCUCUGCCGCUGAUCGCCUAGCACUACUGCGUGCCGUCAUGGCGGAAGACUCUGAUUUUGAGGACGAUGAACCUGCGGGAACAACUGACGAGGGGAGGGGAUCUGAGGUUCCUUCCCACCAAGCCGCUAUCGCCAUGAUGGACAUGGCAAGACGGUUCGUACAGAAUGAACCCAUCGUCAACGCCGCCGUGCGUGGAGAUAUAUCCCGCCUAGAGGGUCUUGGUCGGCAGCCUAGGGUCAACGUCAACGUCAGAGACGGGCUAGGAGAAACGGCACUCUUCGCUGCCGUUUGCCACGAUCACCUCGAAGCCGCUGCCCUUCUACUCGAGGCAGGAGCAGAUCCUAAUAUCGAGUGCUCCGUCUCGUGGGCGGCACUUCAUGCCGUGAGCCGCAGCGGUAACGAGGCCAUGGCCGCCCUCUUGCUCAAGUGGAAGGCCAACACCGAGGUCCGGGACAGCAAGGGCUGGGUUCCGCUUCAUGUGUCCAGCCUCUACGGUACCAAUGGCGUGGCAACCAUACUGCUUGACGGGAAAGCGGAUCCAAAUGCACGAGCAAAUGAUAAUCGGAUUCCUCUGCAUACUGCAGUGGACUACGGACACGUAGAGGUGAUCCGGAAUCUAGUUAGGCACGGUGCCCAGCUGGACGCUAAAGACAACGAAGGCCAAACGCCACUUCACAUAGCGGCAAUGGAGAGGCCGUUUCCUCCUCCGGUAUCCCUGCUCCUGGAUCUUGGAGCGAAUCCCCAGUUAGCAGACGGGAACGGGAACACACCCCUCCAUCUCGCCGUCAUAGCCGGCCACGAUCCCACUCUAGCUGUUGCCCCUCUGCUCCGAAAAGGGAUCGACCCGAACAUCGCCGCUGCUGACGGCUGGACACCACUUCUGUUUGCGAUUCAGCAGAUGAACAAGCUAGAUGACCGGUGCGAGGCUGUCCUUAAGGCCCUCCUCGAAGAAAGCCUCACAGAUGUAAACCGCAUCUCAUCACUCUCCCACGGCGACACCACGCCUCUGAUCCUAGCUAUCGAGACCCGAUGCAAACGGGCAGUAGAGCUUCUCUUAGCUCAUAACGCGGACGUCAAUCUUGCGACAGAGCGAGGCGGACAACUUUUCCGCCCCAUUGUCCAAGCAGCCGCCUGCCACAGCCCAGAAGAGCCCGAGAUCCUCCGGCUCCUCCUCGACGCUGGCGCAGAUCCCAAGGAGAAGACGGAGGACGACAUCACGCUGGCGCAUAUCACCGCCCUUAAAGGGUCCCCGAACUCCCUGCGCCUCCUGCUGCAGCGCGGAGCUGACGCCAAUGCCGCUGAUAUGCUCGGCGGGACGCCGCUUCACAUCGCCGCACGACACAGCCACCCGGAGUGUGUCUCGGUACUCCUCGCACACGGCGCGGACGUCGACGCCAUGACCAGCGACAAGAGGACGCCGCCGCACGACGCGGCGAGGAGGGCAGAUGAGUAG